AUGAGAUUGUUUAUAGGAAGAAAUCCAAGAUCGAUCGUCCUAGCAUCGAACAAUUAUUACCUGUCUUUCCAAAAAUAUCAUAGGCCAUCGGGACCAAUACAACCACAACAACCCUCCAAAUCAUCCUCUGUAGUGAUUAAAAUUCUUUCCGAAGCAGAAGUUUUAGAUGAAGCAAGGUUCACCGAGAUCAAAUCAUGUAUAUAUAAUGGAUUAUUAGGUCUUAUUUCCACAAACGGUAGUGUAUUUUUGGCUAUUAUUUCUGGAGUUCAAAACGUUGGAUUUCCUAGAUGGAAGAAUGAAGGUUCACGUGUAGUUCCUAAUGAAACUAUUUAUAAGGUUUUGGAUGUUGAUUUUUAUAGUAUUGAAAAUGAUGCAUAUGAUCCUUUAUUUUUUGAGCGUAAUGAACAAAAUUAUGAUAAAUUAAUUCAUGAACAUCCAUGUGGUUCCUUUAAAAAGUUAUUUGGUGAUGGGACGUUUUAUUUUUCAAGAGAUUUCGAUAUUUCUAAUACUGUUAAGAACCAUGGAUUGUUACAUAAUUUGGAAUAUACAAUCGAUAAUCAAGAUUUGGGGUUUAUAUGGAAUACUAGUUUGACAUCAGAAAUAAUUAGCUGGAGGAAUAGGGUCCCUAUAGAAAAGAGACAUUUGUUUGAUAAUUCUAAUUUCUUGACCUUUGUAGUAAGGGGUUUCUGCAAGACUGCCGUGGUAGAAGAUGGCGAUAAUACGGCGUCAGUUACAAUAAUAUCAAGAAUCUCAGCGGAGAACAAAUUGAAUGCAUUUGAAGACGGAUUGAAUGAUGAAGGCAAAGUAGGCUGUUUUGUGGAAACCGAAGUUGUUGUUACAACGAAAAAAUUCAUCUUUUCAUAUACUCAAGUUGAAGCCAAUAUUCCAUUAUUUUGGGAAUCUGUGGAAAAUCAACUUUUAUAUGGACGUAAAAUCAAAAUGACAAGAACGCCAGACCAAUCACAAACUGCAUUUGAUAAACAUUUUGACUCUAUGGAAUCUAAAUAUGGGGUGGUAUCUAUUGUCAAUUUAAUUAAACCGAAAAGUGAAACGCAAGAAUCUCUUGCGUUAGUUUAUCAAAAAUGUGCUGAGGCUAGAGGUACUAAAAUAACGAAUUUAGAAUAUACUUCAGGGAUUUUCAAUAAAGCCCCUCACAAAUUGAUAUACCUUUUGCAACAAGAUAUUUAUGAAUUCGGUGCUUUUGCCUAUGAUAUGUCAAGAGGUGUUUAUUUUGGGAAACAAACCGGUGUAUUAAGAAUCAGUGCGUUUGAUUCCAUUGAGAAACCGUUACAAGUUGCCAAAAUAGUUAGUAAAGAAGUUCUCGAAUUAGCAACAAAGGAAUUACAAGGGUUUGAAAUCACAUCGUUAUUUAUUGAUGCACAUGACAGGAUAUGGUCAGAGAACUACUAUUGGUUAGAUAGGACAUAUUCUAAAAAUGGUAAGAAUCCAAUGAAAUAUGCAAAAAUAUAUUAUAAACUAUUCAGUUCUAAAGUCAAACUUUUCUACCCUUUACAUUAUUAUGUUUCACAACAUCUAAGACAAAUGAAAUCUAACUUCACCUUCCAAAAAGAUAUUACAAUUUUUGCAGGUACUUUCAAUAUCAGUGGUAAAGUUUCCAAAGAUGACAUUACAGAGUGGAUUUUCCCAAAAGGCUCUAAUCUUGAAAACCCAGCAUCUAUUUAUAUUAUUGGUUUAGAAGAAGUUGUGGAAUUGACGCCAGGUCACAUGUUAUCGACAGAUCCAUUUAUUAAACAAUUCUGGGAGAGAAAGAUAAUAACUUUACUGAAUAAUUCCGGAGGGAAAGAAAAAUAUGUUUGUACAUGGAGUAAUCAACUAGGUGGUUUACUUUUAAUGUUAUUUAUGAGUAGUUCUGAAUAUCUUAAGAUAAAGCAUAUAGAAGGAGAUGUCAAAAAGACAGGGUUUGGUGGUAUAGCAUCUAAUAAAGGCGCAGUUGCUGUAAGUUUCAAUUAUUCUGCAACGAAAUUUUGCGUACUAGUUUCUCAUUUAGCAGCUGGUUUAGAUAAUGUUGAACAACGGCAUAAUGAUUAUAAGACAAUUGUGAAGAAUAUUAAUUUUGGUAGAGGAUUACGAAUAAAAGACCAUGAUGCUGUAAUAUGGAUGGGUGAUUUUAAUUAUAGAAUAUUGAUGUCAAAUGAAGACGUUCGACGGUUAAUCGCCUCCAAAGAGUAUACCAACUUAUUUUUGAAGGAUCAGUUAAACCAACAGAUGAUUGCAGGUGAGUCGUUUCCUUAUUAUCAUGAAAUGGCUAUUGAUUUUCCUCCUACGUAUAAAUUUGAUCCUGGCACCAAGACAUAUGAUACCAGCGAAAAGAUGAGAAUUCCCGCAUGGACAGAUAGAAUACUGAGUAGAGGAGAAGUUUUGAAACAACUAAGUUACGGAUGUGCGGAAGAUAUCUUAUUUUCAGAUCAUCGACCAGUUUAUGCGACGUUUAAUGCAAGGGUCACUGUUGUUGACGAACAGAAGAAAGAGGCACUGUCAAUUGAACUCCAUGAGAAAAUUAUGGAGAAAUUAGCAAAUUUGACGGAGGAAGAAAAAGAUGCUGUGCUUAGUGAAAGAAUUUUAUUAUUCGAUGGGGAGGAGAGAUCAGAUUCCAAUCUGCUUCCUAACGGUGAAUCCCUUCCGAGUGUUGCGGAUUCCAAAAGGGGUAAAUUAUUGCCACCACCUAGCUCUGAUACUAGAAAAUGGUGGAUUGGGAAUGGGAAACAAGUAAAAGUUACAUUGGAUAUUGAUCCUAAUAAAUAUAUGAUAAAUCCUAAACGAAACCCAAAUCCUUUUAUUGAGAUGGACGAGGAGGGUGCAAAUAUACCGUUUUUCAUUCCAAGGACAAAAUGA